AUCUAUACCCCACCGUUCGUGCCCCGUCGGUAGCAGGGAGAAUCCGUGCCAUUGUGCAGACGGCGGGAUGGGAGACAUCUGCGGGUUGGAUUGUAGAAUAAAGAGCAGCGCUAUUGUUGUAAGGAGGAAUGACAACACUGGAACACCGGCAAAGAAACCGAGGACUGAAAAGGUGGAUCCAAUGUUCACAGUGCCUGCCCCCCCUCCUCCCGGCCCCGUCGCCCCCCCAGGCUCUGUGUCUUCCGCCCCCUUCCCCCCUCCAGUCGUAGCCCCGGGUCCCAGGCAGCUUUUGGUGAGGACCCGGUCCAUCGGCACUAGCACCCAGGACUGUAGCGGGUCGGACAGCGACAUGGGGGGGGUGGGUCCCUGCCAGCCUGGCACCAGCGUCAACCUGGAGGGCAUUGUGUGGCACGAGACUGAUGAAGGUGUCCUGGUGGUCAAUGUGACGUGGAGGAAGAGGACCUAUGUGGGCACGCUGCUGGACUGUACCAAGCAUGACUGGGCCCCUCCCAGGUUCUGCGAGUCUCCGUCAAGCGAUCCAGAGACACCAGGGGGGCGUGGCCGAGGUAAACGGAUGCGAUUGGCUAUUCCCGAGCGGCCUUGUGUUGACCCUACCCUGCCUAAGGUCAGGGGCUUGCCACACAAGAACCGGGGCGGGGGUGUGUCAGGGGGCGGGGCCAUCGGCGGGGUCAUCCACAGUAAGGGGCGAAGAGGCAGCCUGAACCUCAUCAACAACUGCCGGACUCCGCCCUUUUUCUCUGUGGAGGAAACAAAGAUUAGCCCCGCCCCCUUGGCUGUGGGGAAGAGGAAGAACAAGCCUCCAGCAGACCUGGACCUCAGUCUGGUUACCGACGACAACAAAACAGGAAAUGGGAAGCGAAUCCGUGCCAAGUCCCGCUCCGCUCCGUCCACGCCGCAGGGUAAGUCCGACCCCUCCUUCCUGGACCCAGCAUGCACCUCUCCCAUCCUGAUCGACUGCCCUCACCCCAACUGCACCAAGAGGUACAAGCACAUAAAUGGCCUGCGCUACCACCAGACCCACGCCCACCUGGAGGUGGAGAGGAAGCCUGAGGGGGAGGCAGAGAGCGAGGAGAAAGACAGACUGUCGGACUGCGAAGAGACUCUCAGCAACAUGACCUUUGACCUGUCAGAGACCAACAGUAACAGCAGCAGCAGCAGCUCCUCUAAGAAGCCAGGCCCCCUGUACAAAGUCACCACGGUGGGGCCUCCUAAGAACAGACGGCUGGUGCUCAGCAGCGAUCACAGCUCCGCGCUCACCUCCAAAACCAGGAGGACCUCUCUGGUCAGGGAGGGCCUGAUCGACGACUUGAGCAACCUGCCCAUCAUCUCCAACAUGACCGUGGUCCUGGAGAACUGCCUGGUGGCGGAGCGGAGCUCCUCGGUGGAGAUGCCCAAGCUGGAGGCCGAGGGUCUGAUAGAGAAGAAAGGACUGGGCUGUGACAAGGGGAAGAAGGCCAACGGAAAAGUGGAGAAGUGUUCGUCCAAGUCGAGAACCAACCGCCCCAUCGCCCCCGCCCCGGCUCCCCCGAAGCUCAUCGCCAUCCCCAACACCGCUUACACCCCACCCAACGCCGCAGAGACCACUCCCCCGCAGCAGGUCCCGCCCCUGGCCGCCGUCGGCGCUGCCAACGCCAAGCCCCUCCCGCUGAAGCCGAUCAAGCCAAAGCUGGGUGUGGCCGUGGAGCCGGCGUUGGGGAAGGCGGCUACCCUGGUCCCCUGCAGAGACUCAAGGAAGAAGGAGAAGCGCAGACUGAAGGACAAACACAGCAGGGACCUUGCCAGGACGCCCAACGGGGACAACAGCCUCCCAGUCAAGAUGGAGGACGUCGGGAACAAGGGGGUGGGGAAGGAGCCUUCCGGAAGCCUGUUGAAGGAGCACUUGAGUAAACAGGAAGUGGUAAACGGGCUGACGGGGUCCCAGGAGAGCCGCAUGGCGAGCAUCAGGGCGGAGGCAGACAAGGUGUACACCUUCACGGACAACGCGCCCAGCCCGUCCAUUGGCUGCUCGUCCAGGCUGGAGUCCGGGAGCCUGGUGGGAGGGGACGGUUCCACCUCCAAGACCAACAGCCCCGCCUACUCUGACAUCUCCGACGCAGGGGAUGACGGGGGGUCGGACUGUCGCUCCAAAGCCGGCUCCUCGUCCUCGUCCUCCUCUUCCUCCUCCGAGUCAAACACCAACAACGUCAACAGCAGCACCAGCAAGACUCCGCCCACCGGCUCCGCUCCUCCCGGGCCGGGCAAGGAUCCGCAGUCUCCUUAUUACCAUGGCUACGACCCCUACUACCUUCAAGGUUACCUGCAGACGGGCCAGCCGGCCAGCUCUACCUUCCACAAGAGCUCCGCACCCCACGACGGGAAGAACAGGAAAGAGGAGGUGAAGGAAGGCAGCGAGGAGAGAGACGGCCAAGAGUUCCCAGACAUCAAGAAGACAGAGGGAGGGAGCUCCGGCUCGCAGUCCCAGCUCCAGCUCGCUAUGAGCCAGACCCAGACAGCCUUGGCCCAGUCCCUGUACUACGGCCAGUACGCCAGGGGCCUGUACAUGGACCAGAAGCUCUUGCUGGCCUCCAGGGGCUGCGAUCAGCAAGGCGGCAAACAGAGGGGCGGCCAGGCCAGCAGGGAGGCCGAGGAGGGGAAACACAUGUCCGCCUCCACUAGUAUGUUGGCCAAGGGGUCAGACUCGGUCAAGGCCUGCUGCUCCAAGCCUGGCAUGUCCUAUGUGGAGAUGGGCGAGCGAACACACUCCCAGUGUGGCAGGCAAGUGGAGCACCAGAACCAGGCCAGAGACUCUAAUGAGAUGAAAUCGGCAUCGGCCAUGAGUCAAAACAAUCAGACAGAGCUGGACUCAAAUGUGUCAUUUUCCAAACUAUCUGAUGGGCCAGCCUGGUCCCGACCCAGCCAGACCCAACAGGACCAGGACAUCCAGCAAAUCCCUCAGGAUCUGGACCCUGCAGCAGCUGACCUAUCUAAAGACUGGGAUUCGCCCUCUCAGCUUCCCCUCAGUAAGAUGGGAGGGGACCUUAGAAAGGCCAAGACCCAUGACCCGCCCACCUCAGACUCAGAGGACUGUGAUAGGCUUGACGAGCAGGAACAGGAACCAAUGGGUGUGCUGUGUGAGGACUCCCAGACUGCCCGAGUGGCGGUGUCCCCGCCCACAGUGCCCCAACAGCCCUAUGGGCAGUACCAGUCCUCCUACCAGUACCUCCACCUGCCAGACAGCAGCCCCUCCUCCUACAGGGGGGUGUCGCCCACACUGGUGCACAACUACCCAGGAUUCCACUACCCCCUGUAUGGUAAGACAGCGGGUACGCCGGGCAGGGAGACCGCAGGCAGGGAGGAGUCGGAGGUGACACAGAGCAGCCGCGGUGCGGGCAGCAAGCAGGCAGGGGAGGCUGCAGCACUGGAGAUGCUGCAGCACCAGAGUCUGCAGUACCACGGCAAGUCCCCCGCGCCUGGAGAGAGAGGUUCGCCUGAGGGAGAGAGAGACACGGAGCGGGAGAGAAACCAUGUCCCGUACGCCCGACACCUACACACGCACCACCACACACACCUUGGCAUGAGUUACCCACUCAUGUCUGGACAGUACGACCUCUACCAAGGAUUGAGUUCCAGAUCUCUGGUGCCAAGCCAGCAGGUUGGAGGACACCCAUCUUCCUCCGAGAACGAGGGGAAGAAGUGAACCAUGUGACAUGCUCACAUGAAGACUAGAAGAUUUUACAGACAUCGAUUCCAUGGUGUUUAUCAUUGCCUCUGUGGGAGGCAGAAAGCCAGUUUCAUUUCUUAUUAAUAAAAAGGCUUUUAUACGAGUCCCUGGCAGUGGUCGUGUAACGUUGGUGGAGAUACAUCCGUACGACUGUCAGUCAAAGAUGGAGGCCGUUUGGAUGCCACUCUGAGAACUCCAGUCGGUAAAACCUUUGUGUCAUCGAACCUGCCAGGAUUGGCCAUCUUUAUAAUGCACAUGUAUCGUAGUGAGUAAUCUUAUUAUUGAAUGUACUGACAAUUGCAAUAUCCCAAUGCUUUUUUUGUCCCAUUGGGAAACUGCAGUAGAAAACGAACGUACCAGAGUCUAUCAAAGUGAUCCUCCUUGUAGUACUUGACUGUAACCACCUGUUGAUUGUAUCGUCUUUCUGUGGGAGUUAAUCUUCACAUUUUGCCAGUGCCAUAUAGAGUUGUUGUGUAUAUAUUCUGUAUAGCUGCGUAGCAGAGUGCGACAUGCUUAUCUGUACGUUUGUUUGUUUAUUUCCAUGCAUCGUAUGGUGAUUUUAUACCACUGCAUCUCUUGCAUAGUUUAAGUGGUUGUUAUAUUACUUGAAUAUGUUGUGCUACAAACUCUGUUUACAAGUAUUGACAUCUUGAGAGAAACUCUCGUCUGAGGCUGCCUGAUCUGAUCAGUUCACUCCCCUACUAGUAUAAAUACCUUGAAAUCAGUUACACAUGAAAACUGCUGUUGCUUUUUUAUACUGUAUAUGCCUUAAUUCAUAUGUCUGGCAA